AUGGAACUGGGAGAGCGGAGAUGGGCUUUCGCCUUUGAUUUCUCUUUCAUCAACCAAGCGGAGGAGCUGGAGAUGGCGGAGUUGAGGCUGACGUCCCCGGGCCUGACGUCCCCGCUGCUCGCCCUCCUGAGCCAGGAGGCCCCGAAACCACUCCUGGUGGAGAUCUUCCACCAGCCCAAACGGGACGGAGAGAGCGGCCCGGACUCCUGCCGGGAGCGUCGCCUGUUGGGCCGGUCCAUCCUGGCUCCCUCGCACGUCAGCGUCACCCCCAACGGCACGGUCCUGGAGGUGACCGGGCCCCUCUCCGACUGGUUCGGCCAGUCCGGCCCCCGGGAGGGGACGCCGGCCAGGGGGAAGGAGACGGCUCGGGACUGCGAGCCCCGCCGGCCGGCCGGCCCGGCCUCCGACGUGCUGCUGAUGCUGCACUCGAACCCGUCUAAGGAGCAGAGCGGCUUGGGCGGCUCCCCCUUACUGAGGGCAGCGGAGACCUCCCAGAGGGCCCGGGGGGCCAGGCUUCUCCGGGACAAGUUCAAGAGACACCGGCGCCACGAGAAGGAAGAGGCCGUCAGCGGCGCCAGCGGCCGCUGCCGGAGGGUGAACUUCCACGUGGACUUCAGUCAGGUCGGCUGGAGUAAAUGGGUCAUCUACCCCAAGCAGUACAACGCCUACCGCUGUGAGGGCAUCUGUCCCAACCCGCUGGGAGAGGAAUUCAAACCCACCAACCACGCUUACAUCCAGAGCAUGCUUAAGUACUAUCACCCCAACCUGGUCCCCAACACCUGCUGCACCCCCGUGAAGACGAGGCCCAUGAGCAUGCUGUACCUGGAAGGCGACCAAGUCCUCCUGGGCCACCACGAAGACAUGAUCGUGGAGGAGUGCGGAUGCCAGUGA